CGGGGAAUCACACGAGCUCGGUCGAUUGACGAUCAACCGCAACCGGGUUUCAGUGGUACUCCGCGCAGUAGUUCUACGCGUAUACAAGGGCUUGAUGGGAAAUAGCCUGAAACAAAUGUGGCAAGUUUUCGUAGGUGCCUCUCUACGAGAGAUGCAUCAGUUGUUCUGCGUCCAGUGUCGAGGAUCAGCCGGUAGGAUUUAGUGUUGAUCCUGAGCUUGAACGGACAAGUUCAAGAGUAACCUUGGAAAAUACGGCUCUUCGAAAACUGCAUAAUACUUCGAAUUAAUUGGCGAGCUUUUGUUCGUGCAGUGAUUAGAAGAAGUAGAAAAAUUGAGGCGUAGAUAAGCGGUUGGUGGAGAAGAAAAAAAAACACGGCUAACAAUCUAACACUAGUGCGACGACAAAUGUUUGGCCUCGUGCUCUUCCGUCAGUGAAUUCCGAGAAAUGAAUUUUUGAUUUAGGUUUCGUGUUCAAAGUUGAACAGUGUGUUUUUUUUGCGUGAUAAGAGAGCCAGUAUUCGUACCAACGUAAUCAAAGUUUGAAUAUUAUCAAAUUUCUUUAUGCAUGCGUUUAAGGCCGAUUCUUGGUGUGGAGGCAAAACUGAAUCUGAUUAAGUAUUUACAUUUACUCGAUAACAACAAGACACAUAGGCGAUAACUGAUCAUCGUUGACCGCGAAAGAUUAUCAUCGUUAUAUUUAGUCAUCAGCACGAUGUCAACGCUACUCAACCUGGACAAUUACCGUCAUGAGUUAUUCGAACAACAACAACAGCAGCAGCAGCUGUCGUCCUCGCCGACAUAUUCGGUACUAUCGAUGGAGUCCUCGACGUCGUCUCCAAGUGCCAGUGAGACCAACAAGUGCUAUUCGAGCAACUCUCCGUCCAGUACCAGUAAUAUGUCCCCACGUUCGACGAUCAGUGAUACGACUUCUUUUAAUAUGCAAAAUCUUAACAUCUCUACCAAUUACCACUACUUCAGUUCCCAAGCGGUGGGAGAUGAAGGUCAACUGCAGAGCUUUAGCUACUCCGCGCAUGGAAAUGCAACCGAACAGUCGCAGAUAGAACUUUCUGUACCGCAUCUGGUGAUCCUCGAGCAACCAGUGGAUAAAUUUCGCUUCCGGUAUCAGUCAGAAAUGCACGGAACGCAUGGUUCUUUGAUGGGAGUCCAUACCGAGAAAAGCAAGAAGACCUUUCCUUCGGUCGAACUGCGCGGAUUUCAGGGGGAAGCAAAAAUUCGUUGCUCAUUAUAUCAGGUAGAUCCAGCCAAACGGGCGGCACAUUCGCACCAUCUCGUGAUCAAAAGUGGCGAAAUCGAUUUGAAUGAUCCUCAUGACAUUGACGUAAAUGCCGAAACAGGCUACGUCGCCAUGUUUCAGGGGAUGGGAAUCAUCCAUACGGCGAAAAGAUAUAUCUCCGAUGAACUGCACAAGAAAAUUAAAAAACAGCGGGUCGUCGAAAUGAAUCGAGAACUUACGCUCCGGGAGGAGCAUCAGCUGGAGAAAGAAACCGCCGAAAUGGCGAAAACAAUGAACUUGAAUCAGGUUUGCCUGUGUUUCCAGGCCUUCCAGGUGGACCCCUCGUCCGGUCAGUGGUCCCAGCUCUGCGAACCAGUGUACUCUAAUGCAAUCAACAAUAUGAAGAGUGCGCUCACCGGUGAACUGAAAAUUUGUCGGCUUAGUUCUACCGUUGGAAGCGUGGACGGUGGUGAAGAAGUUUUCAUGUUUGUGGAAAAGGUUUGCAAAAACAACAUCAAAAUUCGAUUCUACGAAUUGGACGAAUUCGAUCAGGAAAUCUGGCAAGGCUGGGGAUCGUUCUCGGAGGCGGAUGUCCACCACCAGUAUGCGAUCGCUUUCAAAACGCCUGCCUAUCACAACAAAGACAUCACCGAACCGGUGGAGGUGUUUAUGCAACUGUUCCGGCCCCGUGAUAAGUGCCAAAGCGAACCGGUUCCAUUCAAAUUCAAACCUCGCUCGGGUAUGAUGGCGCUGGCGAACCAGUCGCGCAAACGGCAACGGGUUCAUUCCGGUAAUGUUUCCAGUGAAAUUCCGACUGUAGUUCCGAAUGAGAUCGCUCCCGGGCCCAGCCGGUUACCGCCGCUUCAUCAACCGUUUCCGAUGGUGCAGGCCCAAGGCCUUCCUGAAUCGGGCACCAUCAGUAAGGAGUUCAACAAGUCCGGUAUAAUUCAGGAGAUUCUGGAAAGUCACAUACCUACCACGAUUGCCGGUGAUAUCUCCUUCAGUUCCAAUGAUUUCAAAGAUUUCGUCCAUUGCAACUCGGAAGAGUUACACAAGCUCAUCAAUGAGAUCGGAGAAGCCCAGGAACUAGCGAAGCUAGAAACGGAUUCGGCUUCUGCGGCUCACGUAGAUGGGGAAGCUGCUCGGUUCGAGCGAGCUUUGGAGAGAUAUUUGGACGAAAAUCAACAGGCAAAGGAUGUAGACAUUCUGAAAAAAAUUCUUACCAUUAUAAAACUGUUCCGAAGGGACUACGAUCGGUGCCGGGAGCUGAUAUCGGCUCUUUGGAUGUCUUCGAAUAAGCAGAAAGCAAAUUGUCUACAUAUGGCAAUCGAACGGCGGGAUAUCGUCAUUGCCUGUAAACUGAUCGAGGUGCUACGAAACUACCGCCUUCGAGAGUUGCUGGAUCUGAUAAACGAACGGAGCGAGAAUGCUAUCCACCUAGCCGUUUCCGCAAACCUCACGGAGAUUGUGGAUGCUUUACUGUUGGCUGGUGCCAAUCUGAAUGUCUGUGAUUACCGCGGUAACUCCAUACUGCACCGGGCCAUCGUGGAGGGAUCGACGGAGUCGUUGAGUACCCUGUUGGAGCACUGCAAAAGAAUCGGAGCCCGUUUGGAUGCGACCAAUGACGAUGGUGUUUCCCCCUUGCAUUUGGCGUGCAUGUGUAAAAAUUUAAGAAUAAUGCGUCUAUUGUUGGACCAAGGUGCUUCUCAUACUGUACGAGAUUUAAAACAUGGAAACAAUAUUCUCCACAUUGCGGUUGAAAGUGAAUCAUUGGAUAUUGUCAAUUACAUUCUGGAAUAUGUAGAUAAAGCUCUCAGUGAGGAACCGAACAACGCAGGUUAUACCGCGCUUCAAUUGGCAAAUGCCAAGCAUCUGGGAAACUCAAAUAACAAACUUAUCGUUAAGGAACUGUUGCGGUACAAUCCUACUGGAGUGCUGGAGAAAGAAUCUUUUCUAGAUGAGGACGAAGAUGAAACUGAACAAAACAGCGAAGAGUUUUCAUCUGGUAGCAGUUCCUCAACGGACAGUGUCUUGCUGUCGAUCAAUCUUACCUGUAACCGGAACGAGGUGAUACAGAUAUUGGAGGAACAUACGAUUUCGCACGAGGGUACUGUUUUGACUUCACUCAAGAAUGUUCCCUAUGAAAUUACUUCCGAGAGUUCCGAAAGCAGCCUAUUUGAUGACAAGUGCCUUACACAGCUUUGUGAGCUGUUAAAUCGGAACCACAUGUGGAAAGAGGUUGGUUUGUUGCUUGAUUUCAAUGCAUUCUUCUCUAUUUGGGAGCACGCAGCAAAUCCUGCUGGGAUGUUGUUGAAUUAUUUCGAGAUGCAGAAAUUGAAACUCGAACAUUUGACUGACAUCCUGCAAGCACUCGAUCAGAAGGAUGCGAUUCAUCUGAUAGAUGAGAUGGUGUGUCGUCAAACGGUGUAGCCUUUUCCAAUAUUUUAACAAAAAUGAUCAACUCAGAUAAAUGUUCCGGUAAUACUGACAAUAAUCAAAUCUAUGCUAGUGAUUUUGUAUCAUACAUUUGUUUUUGCACGAUUUUCCAACACUGAAUAAAUGUUAGGAUUUUUUUUAUGAAAAAGAGAAAAACAAUAUCAGCAAA